AUGGAUGGCCUGCACGCGAUCAGCAAACAGUUGAGCGUAGUGGCAGACAACCAAGGAGUGGUGUACGCCGACGCACAGGGUCACCUCAUGACAUCACCGGUGGUGGAGUUGCCUCUGCCUGUGUACGAUAGCAUCACGUGGGUGUUUGAGGCGUGCUUGCGGAAGAAUGGGCAUGCGAAGGGACGUAACUUGGCCUAUAGGCAGCUG